GGCCCAGAUCAAAGGCAACCUGGGCCGGGCCGUGCAGCUGCAGGAGCUGUGGCCCGGGGGGCUCUUCUGGACCAGGAAACUCUCCACGUAUAUCCGACUAUAUGGGAGAAAAUUCAGCAAAGAAGAUCAUGUGCUUUUUAUCAAGUUGUUGUACGAGUUAGUAACAAUUCCAAAGCUGGAGAUCAGCAUGAUGCAAGGAUUUGCACGUCUGUUGAUAAACCUGUUAAAGAAAAAAGAACUUCUUUCAAGAGAUGAUUUGGAGUUACCAUGGAGACCACUUUAUGAAAUGUUGGAGAGGAUAUUGUAUUCCAAAACAGAACACCUUGGAUUAAAUUGGUUUCCUAAUUCUGUAGAAAGCGUUCUAAAAACACUUGUGAAAAGCUGUCGACCGUAUUUUCCAGAAAAUGCCUCCAUGGAGAUGCUAGAUGAAUGGCGGCCUUUAAUGUGCCCGUUUGAUGUUACCAUGCAAAAGGCCAUCACCUAUUUUGAAUUAUUUCUACCCACUUCCCUUCCUCCAGAACUUCACCAUAAAGGUUUUAAGCUUUGGUUUGAUGAAUUUAUAGGCCUUUGGUUUUCCGUUCAGAAUCUUCCACAAUGGGAGGGGCAUCUAGUAAACCUUUUUGCGCGCUUGGCCACUGACAACAUAGGGUACAUAGACUGGGAUCCAUAUGUACCAAAGAUAUUUACAAGGAUUUUGAGAAGUUUGAAUCUUCCAGUGGGAAGCGGUCAAGUUUUAGUUCCAAGAUUCUUAACAAAUGCUUAUGAUAUAGGACAUGCAGUAAUGUGGAUCACAGCCAUGAUGGGUGGACCAAGCAAACUAGUACAGAAGCACUUGUCUGGAUUAUUCAAUAGCAUUGCAUCUUUUUACCAUCCUUCAAAUAAUGGUCGCUGGCUGAACAAGCUGAUGAAACUGCUUCAAAGGUUACCAAGUAGUGUUGUUAGAAGACUGCAUCGUGAGCGUUACAAGAAGAAGACUUGGCUAACUCCUGUGCCUGAUAGCCAUAAACUUACUGAUCAAGAUGUUACAGACUUUGUAGAAUGCAUUAUUCAACCUGUCCUUUUGGCUAUGUUUAGUAAAACUGGAAGCCUAGAGGCUGCUCAAGCGCUACAAAAUCUUGCACUAAUGCGUCCUGAGUUAGUAAUUCCACCUGUACUUGAAAAAACAUACCCUGCACUAGAGACAUUGACAGAACCUCAUCAGCUCACAGCUACUUUAAGCUGCGUAAUUGGAGUAUCUCGUAGUCUGGUGUCUGGGGGCAAGUGGUUUCCUGAAGGUCCAACACACAUGCUACCUCUGUUGAUGAGAGCAUUGCCUGGUGUGGAUCCAAAUGACUUCAGUAAAUGCAUGAUCACAUUCCAGUUUAUUGCCACAUUUUCUACUCUGGUGCCUUUGGUAGAUUGUUCAUCUGUGCUGCAAGAGAGAGAUGAUCUCACAGAGGUGGAGAGAGAAUUGUGCUCUGCUACUGCUGAAUUUGAAGAUUUUGUUCUGCAGUUUAUGGACAGAUGUUUUGGACUCAUAGAAAGCAGCACACUAGAACAAACUAGAGAGGAGACUGAAACUGAGAAGAUGACUCAUCUAGAGAGUUUAGUGGAAUUAGGUCUCUCUUCCACAUUCAGUACAAUCCUCACUCAGUGUUCAAAAGAGAUAUUUAAGGUUGCCUUGGAAAAAGUUUUUAACUUUGCUGUUUCAAAUAUAUUUGAGACAAGAGUUGCUGGUCGGAUGGUUGCUGACAUGUGCCGGGCUGCAGUAAAAUGCUGCCCUGAGGAAUCUCUGAAGCUCUUUGUGCCCCAUUGCUGCAGUGUUAUAACUCAUCUUACCAUCAAUGAUGAUGUCUUGCAUGAUGAAGAGCUAGAUAAGGAGCUACUCUGGAACCUUCAGCUUUUGUCAGAGAUCACUCGAGUGGAUGGAAAGAAGUUGCUGCCAUACAGGGAGCAGCUUGUGAAGAUUCUCCAGCGAACCCUACAUUUAACCUGUAAGCAGGGUUACAUUCUGUCUUGUAACCUACUGCACCAUCUUCUUCGUUCUACUACACUUAUCUACCCCACAGAAUACUGCAGUGUGCCAGGUGGCUUUGACAAGCCUCUUUCUGAAUACUUUCCUAUCAAGGACUGGGGUAAACCAGGUGACUUGUGGAACCUGAAUAUCCAAUGGCAUGUUCCUUCGUCUAAGGAAAUAACCUUUGCCUAUUACUUACUGGAUUCUUUUCUUCAGCCGGAGCUCACCAAGCUAGAGCACUAUGCAAAUGGAAAGCAAGAAAUGUCCAGAGAUGAUGUACAGCAGUGUCUCACUAUAGUGCACAACUGCCUAAUUGGUUCGGGGAACAUUCUACCUCCUCUAAAAGGAGAGAGGAUAGCUCACCUGGUUCCAAGUUUGGUGUCUUUGGAAGAGACAAAACUUUACACUGGCGUUAACUAUGAUGUAUCGAGAGAGAACCACAGAGAAACCAUGGCUAGGGUCAUAAGGAAACUGCUGCACUAUAUACUCGACAACUCAGAAGAUGAUACCAAGUCCUUGUUUCUAAUCAUAAAGAUCAUUGGUGAUCUCUUACAAUUCCAAGGGUCUCACAAGCAUGAGUUUGACUCCCGGUGGAAGAGCUUUAACUUAGUGAAGAAAUCGAUGGAGAACAGGCUUCGAGGAAAGAAGCAGCAUAUUCGAGCCUUGCUCAUUGACAGAGUCAUGUUGCAGCAUGAGCUGAGAACUCUAACUGUUGAAGGCUGUGAAUAUAAAAAUAUACACCAAGACAUGAUCAGGGAUCUUCUGUGUUUGUCUACAAGUUCCUAUGGUCAGGUCAGAAAUAAAGCUCAGCAAGCAUUCUUCACAGCACUGGGAACAUACAACUUUUGUUGCAGAGAUGUCAUUCCUUUGGUUUUGGAGUUUUUGCGGCCAGACCGACACGAUGUUACUCAGCAGCAGUUUAAAGGUGCCUUGUAUUGUCUUCUUGGAAACCACAGUGGAGUAUGCCUGGCAAAUCUUCAUGAUUGGGACUGUAUUGUACAGACUUGGCCAGCAAUUGUUUCCUCUGGACUUAGCAAAGCUAUGUCUCUGGAAAAGCCAUCUAUAGUGAGACUCUUUGAUGACCUAGCAGAAAAGAUCCACAGACAGUAUGAAACAAUUGGAUUGGACUUUUCAGUUCCAGAGAAAUGUGUUGAGAUAGCCAUUCUAAUGCAAAAGGCAAAAAACCCAAGCGCCAGCGGGAUGAUGCUUAGUUCAGAAGAGAUUCAGUUAGGAAUUCAACGACAGAAAGAAAAGAAUGCUGAGGCCUUGCAAAACUAUGAAAAUUUGAUCAGCAUGCUGUUAAAUUGUGUGAAUCAAAGAAAUCUCCCCUGGAAGUUUGAACACAUAGGCAUUGGCUUUCUGUCUCUCCUCCUGAGGGAUGAUAGGGUACUGCCUGUCCAUGCCAUAAGAUUCUUUGUGCAGUGUCUCAACCACGAUGCAAUAGUGGUUCGCAAGAUGGCUAUCUCAGCUGUUGCUGGCAUCCUCAAGCAGUUGAAGAGAACCCACAAAAAGGUGUCCAUCUGCCCUUAUGAAGUCAGUGGAGUCCCCAAGCCUUCCAGCAUUCAGGCUGGUGACAGACCUGAUAACCAGUGGCUGCAUUUCGAUAGUGAAAGUUUACCAAAGACUAAACAAGCUUGGGAGUCAUGUUGUUUUGUGGAGAAAACACACUGGGGAUACUAUACCUGGCCUCAAAAUAUGGUAGUUUAUGCUUCUGCUGAGCAACAACCAAAGCUUGGGAGGAGGAGAGAGGAGUUGUUAGAGGCAGAACAAAUCAUAUAUGAUCACUUUUCCGAUCCAAAAUUUGUUGAGCAGUUAAUAAAGUUUCUAUCUCUAGAAGACAGAAAAGGAAAAGACAAAUUUAAUCCUCGCAGAUUUUGCCUCUUUAAGGGCAUAUUCAGAAACUUUGAUGAUGCCUUCUUGCCAGUUCUAAAGCCCCACUUGGAACAUCUGGUAGCAGACUCUCAUGAAAGUACCCAACGAUGUGUAGCUGAGAUUAUAGCUGGUCUGAUAAGAGGCUCUAAACACUGGACAUUUGAAAAGGUAGAGAAACUUUGGAAGCUUUUGUGCCCACUACUUCGAACAGCUUUAUCCAAUAUUACCGUGGAAACAUAUAAUGAUUGGGGAACAUGUAUAGCAACUUCCUGUGAGAGCAGAGAUCCUCGGAAACUGCACUGGUUAUUUGAGCUGUUGUUGGAGUCUCCUUUGAGUGGUGAAGGAGGAUCAUUUGUAGAUGCAUGCCGACUCUACGUAUUGCAAGGUGGCCUUGCACAGCAAGAAUGGAGAGUACCAGAGCUGUUGCACAGGUUACUAAAGUACUUGGAACCUAAACUCACCCAGGUUUACAAAAAUGUCAGAGAAAGAAUAGGAAGUGUUUUGACCUACAUAUUCAUGAUAGAUGUUUCCUUGCCAAAUACUGCUCCAACAAAGUCUCCUCAUGUCCAUGAGUUCACUACACGAAUACUUGAAAAACUCAAACCUCUUAUGGAAGUGGAUGAAGAAAUUCAGAACCAUGUUAUGGAAGAGAAUGGAGUUGGUGAACAAGAUGAGCGAACUCAGGGCAUUAAACUCUUGAAAACCAUCCUGAAGUGGUUGAUGGCAAGUGCAGGUCGGUCCUUCUCCACAGCUGUCACAGAACAACUCCAACUCUUACCUUUGUUUUUCAAGAUUGCACCAGUAGAAAAUGACAAUAGCUAUGAUGAACUCAAAAGAGAUGCUAAGAUGUGUUUAUCACUAAUGUCUCAGGGAUUGUUAUAUCCUCAACAAGUGCCUUUGGUACUCCAGGUGCUAAAACAAACAGCAAGAAGCAGUUCUUGGCAUGCUAAGUACACAAUACUGACCUACCUCCAAACUAUGGUAUUUUAUAACCUCUUUAUCUUCCUCAACAAUGAAGAAGCAGUCAAUGACAUAAGAUGGUUGGUUAUAAAACUUUUGGAAGAUGAACAGCUUGAGGUGAGAGAAAUGGCUGCUACCACACUGAGUGGUCUGCUACAGUGCAACUUCCUCACUAUGGAUAGCCCUGUGCAGACUCACUUUGAACAGCUCUGCAAGACAAGACUACCAAAAAAGAGAAAGCGAGACCUUGGCACAGUGGUGGAUACCAUUCCUUCUGCAGACUUGGUUAAGCGCCAUGCUGGUGUGCUUGGACUUAGUGCAUGUAUUUUGUCAAGCCCUUAUGAUGUACCAACUUGGAUGCCCCAGCUUCUGAUGGACCUCAGUGCCCACCUUAAUGAUCCUCAGCCUAUUGAGAUGACAGUAAAGAAAACACUGUCCAAUUUCCGGAGGACACACCAUGACAACUGGCAGGAGCACAAACAGCAGUUCACUGAUGACCAGCUGCUUGUCCUUACAGACCUCUUAGUAUCACCAUGCUAUUAUGCUUAAAUAGGUUCUUCUUGGAAAAAAUGAGGACCUAGAAACAUUUCUGCAAAAAUAAAGGAAACUCAAAACUAA